AUGCCCGAACCCUGUGAGUGAUGAGCACGCAGCACGUUCCCUUCACGGAAUCUUUCAAUGAUGCUCAUGCACCCAUUCCUCCUCGUCAGAUUCUGUUGCGGUGCUCGUCGUCUCCGACACGGCCGCCGCAACGCCGUCGACGGACCUCUCUGGCCCGGCCCUGCGCGAGCUACUGCACUCGCACCCGGACUUCAACGUCGUACAACAAGCCGUCGUACCCGACGACAAGUCGCGCAUCCACGACCAGGUGAAGCGCUGGUGCGACACGGAGGGGAUCGAGUUGGUGCUCACGAGUGGGGGGACUGGUUUUGGGAUCAGGGAUCUUACUCCAGAGGUGAGCGGAUUUGAAUUCCAAGUGAUUUGUACUUUGUUUUUGGAACUUACCCCCCUAUGUCUCCGCUUGUGCAGGCGCUGACGCCCUUGAUCGACAAGCAUGCUCCCGGGUUGGUGAUCCAAAUGAUCAACGCCUCGCUCUCCAUCACCCCGUUCGCCUCGAUUGCCCGACCCGUAGCUGGGAUCCAUCUUAACGCCCGAAUCCAGGAUGGGACGGGUACCAUGAUUAUCACCCUUCCUGGAUCACCCAAGGGUGCUAAGGAGAACCUGCAAAGUUUGCUACGGGUUUUGCCCCACGCUUUGGAAUUGUCGACUCGAGGAGGGUCGGGCAAGGCCGUGCACAAGGAAUUGGGCAACAUCGACCGGACCAAGUCGGUCGUUCCAAGUUCGUCGACUGAACCUCUUGUUUCUGAAGAGCGCAAGCACCGAGGUUGUGGUCACGACCAUGGCCAUCAUGCGCCGAAACCGAGGACCGGCAAUCAACCCCUGAGUCAAGAUCCUUCCAGGAGCGGUCAGUCCCGACUCGCCUUUGAGGAGCGUGCAUGACAGUCGGAACUUAUUCCCAGACUCGGACUCUCAUCACCCACCAGUCGCCAAGCGCCAACGCGCAUCGCCCUAUCCCAUGGUCGAGUACCGAGAAGCCCUCUCGCUUAUCUUUGACCACACCCCGGUCACCUCGAUCGAGACGAUGCCGACCGACGAGCGCCUAAUAGGUCACGUCCUCGCUCAGGACGUCGUGUCGGACGUCAACAUUCCUAUGCGGCCGUCCACGAACGUCGAUGGGUACGCCGUCAGGUGUGAGUCCCUUCGGCGGAGGGUCAAACAUCCAAGCCCGUCAUUAAUUUCUCUCGUGUCCUCUCCCAUGCCACAGCCACGGACAAGCCGGGAGUGUACAGGGUCGUCAUCGAGUACCCAUCCUCACCUCUACCAGAAGGGACGAUCUACCGCAUCAAUACGGGGGCUCCUCUACCCCCGGGAAUGGACAGCGUCAUCAUGGUCGAAGACACCCAAGUCACCUCGACCGAAAACGACGAAGAGAGGGAAGUCGAGCUUUUGGCUCAGGUCGAACCGGGGGAGAACGUGAGGAACCUGGGGGGUGAUGUCAAGGUCGGAGAAAAGGUGCUGGAACAAGGAAACUAUAUUUCGGGUGUCGGGGGCGAGUUGGGCACGCUGGCGUUUAUCAUCAAGCGAUCGGUGAGUCGACGGCAUUGCCAAUCCUGUUCUCGGCUUUGGCUGAUAGUGGUGCUCGUUUCCCAUCGGCGCAGGCCAAAGUCCACCGCAAGCCCAUCGUCGCCGUCUUAUCGACCGGGAACGAACUAGUCAAUAUUCAAGACACCUCAAAGCCCAAGCACUCGACCUCGAGCUUCUCCGCCAUCAUCGAUUCGAACCGACCAUCCCUAAUCCAGAUCCUCAGGAACCUGCACUUCCAAGUCCUCGAUCUCGGGAUCAUUGGGGACACGAUGGCUGAGACUGUGGCGGCGCUCAAGAAGGGCAAGGAAGAAGCGGAUAUCAUUGUUACGACCGGGGGGACGUCGAUGGGUGUCGGUGACUUGCUUAAGCCUUGUAUCGAGCGCGAGCUGGGCGGGACGGUUCACUUCGGCCGAGUGGCGAUCAAACCCGGGUGAGUUCCAAGCAGGCUUCAUCGGUGCCCAGACCUGAGUCUGAUUAACAUUCAACGCUAAAGUAAACCAACAACGUUCGCCACCCUGCCCGCUCACCCUAUGGCGCCGAACCAAGACCACAAGCUCGUCUUCGCCCUACCGGGUAACCCCGCCUCGGCCCUCGUCACCUUCUUCAUCUUCGUCCUCCCCGCCCUGCGCAAGAUGCAAGGUCGAAGAAAGAGCGAAUGGGAACUCCCUCGAGUCCCCGUCGUGUUGAACAGCACGGUCCCUCUCGAUCCUCGACCCGAGUACCAUCGAGUUUGGGUUCGUCCGACGACCCAGGGUUUGAAGGCUUUCUCGACUGGGGGUCAACGAUCGAGUAGGACCGUUUCUCUUGCGGGCGUGAAUGGGUUGUUGGAGUUGCCGAGUGAGACGAAGGAAGAGAAGGAGAAGAAGCAAGGCGAGACGGUCAUGUGUGUUUUGGUGGGAGAGAUUGGGUCUUCUUUGGCUUGA